AUGGAGUCCUGCUAUCACCAUUUUUCUUCUUCACUGAGCAGCAUCCAUACUCUGAAGAAGCCUUCGUUGUUGCCCAUCACAGUAAUAAAUACAAAUCUUUCUAGUAGUUCGGGUAGAAGAUGUUAUAUUGUCACAAAUAUGAUGAAGCCCUCAAUGCAAGAAGCAGCCUCUGCUUUUUCUUACAAGAAAUUCAUUCACUUUGCUCUGGAAGAAACCAGGAAACAUACCCAUUUAAGCCCCUCUCCCUUACAGGAAAAUUUCAGUCACUUGAUGGCCAUGGAUGGGAAAACAGAGCUUCAAAUGCUCUCUUAUGAGGCUUCUAAGAUUAGACUAUUGCGUAGUUUGUGUGUUGAACAGAGUGACGGAAUUCAGGUCUUGGAUCUUGGUAUAUUCCCCAGACCAGAAUUUGAUCUACCUAUUUUUUGUGCCAAUUUUUUCACCACCGCUACCAUGAACAUCAUUGUACUGGACCUUAACCCGUUACAUGAUAUCAUCAAUCAGAGGGAUUACAAGGAGAAGUAUUAUAAGUGUUUAAUUCCUCUUGGCCUUAAGCAUGCUGAGCUUUUACCCUGGGGAGGAAAGAUUACGAGUGAAUCUUUGAGAUUUUUCUCACCGAUAGUUAUAUGGACCAAGUUCUCUCCAAGCGAAUCUAAGCACAGUGCUUUAUAUUGUGCCUUCAAGGAAUAUCUCAAGGUGUGGCUCGAGCUGAUGGACCAAGCAACAGAGGAGACCAGAGGUCCACAAAUUAUGUGCAAUCUCGAAGCACAGCAUAGGUAUCUAACAUGGAGAGCAGAAAAGGAUCCAGGUCAUCAAGUUUUGACGAGACUAAUUGGGGAGACUCGUGCUAAGGAAACAAUUAGAAAGUUCCUCUUCAAUGGAGUUGACGAGCUUGGAAGCAAAACAUUUCUCGACUACUUUCCAGAGUAUGAGUGUGAGGAUGGAACUAUAAAUCGGAAGCGCAGUGUGAUUGGAAAAUCAUUCGAAAGUCGACCCUGGGAUAGUAGAGGAGAAUUUAUUGGUGACAAUUAUGGAUAG